AUGGCCUUGUGUUCUUCACUUCAGCAUUAGACAUCAAUCCUCUCAGUCUCUAUUGGCUACAAGUCUUAGUCUUGGUUCUCAUGGCAAGGUUUUUCACCUUUUUAGUGGGAUUCUUUUUACUCAUUUUCUUCAUCUCUCCAGCUCUCUCAGCUCCUUUGAAGAAAAAGUUCUAUAAAAAAACUUGCCCAUUGGCUGAGACCAUAGUGAGAAGCACAAUAACAAAUGCAAUGGCUAAUGAUACUGGCAUUCCUGCUGCGCUCACUAGGCUUCAUUUCCAUGACUGUUUUGUGAGGGGUUGUGAUGCUUCCAUUCUUCUUGAUUCCACUCCGAAGCACAAAGCAGAGAAAGAAAGCAUGAGAAAUAAGGGAAUAGGAGGCUUUGAGGUGAUAGAUGCAGCAAAGGCUAAGAUAGAGGCUCACUGCCCCAACACAGUUUCAUGUGCAGAUAUUAUUGCCUUUGCAGCUCGUGAUAGUGUUCACCUUACCGGUGGCAUUUACUAUGAUGUUCUCGGAGGCCGCCGAGACGGAACCAUUUCUUUGAUCGGUGAUGCCACUAAAAACCUCCCCGAUGCAUUCUUUAAUGUCACCCAGUUGAAAGAAAACUUUGCAAAGAAGGGUUUGUCACUAGAGGAAUUGGUGACGCUCUCUGGUGUUCACUCUAUUGGUGACUGUCAUUGUUCUUCAUUCUCUAAACGUUUAUAUUCCUUCAAUGCAACGUACCCACAAGAUCCUUCCAUGGUUUCUACCUAUGCCAGUUACUUGAGAGCCAAAUGCCCUAGGCCUGUGAAAACGAACUCUGGGGUUGAUCCAAUCGUGCCUUUUGAUCCCCUAACACCAACCAGGCUUGACAAUAAUUACUACAAGAACUUGAAGAGUAAAAAAGGGCUACUGUUUUCAGAUCAAGUGUUGUGGGAAAGUAGUUUGACAAAGAAGAUGGUGGGGAGCAAUAUCAAGCAUCCAAGUGCAUGGGCUUCCAAGUUUGCUUCAGCAAUGGUGCAUAUGGGUUCGAUUGAGGUGCUUACAGGGUCACAAGGGGAAAUAAGGAAGAAUUGUAGGGUUGUGAAUUAUUAGCCCAUAUGGAUUUUGAUGCGAUUAGGCGUGUGUUUUCUUUUUUAGAUUCAAUAACUUGGGUUGUUUGGCCUUGGCCUUUGUUUAUGAGCAUGUUAUGUAUACACCAUGUAUUCUAUGAUAAAAAUAAUCUUGCGGCUUGUUUUUUUAAUAUAUAAAUCUCGCAGAUUUCUUUUUCA